AUGUUGGGGCGACAGGCGGCGUUGAGAGCACGAAUCGUCUAUUGUCGCUGGAAGUCUUCUGCCGCCUCGUCGUCGGAGGGCAGCUCGGAUACACCACAACUGGGUCCAAAAUCGUCACAAGCAUUACGGACAUAUCAAUCCAAAGAUCCGGACAUGCUUGAAACCGUGAAAUUCGAAGAUCUACCUCGCGCUCAGCAACGCUUCGUGAAACAAUUUGAAAAGAUAAACGAGGAACGAAUCAAGGACAUUUUUAAGAAGAAUUAUAAGAAUAUCAUCGGAAUGGUCGUUUUGAUAGGAGUUGUCGUGAGCAUAUACUACUACACGAUGUACGCUGUUCGCCAGGAGACGUUCCUCGAAGAAAUUGAUGAGGAAAUGGCUCAGGAGCAUCCAAAAACUCACGGACAUCUCGCCACCGCCAACGAGAAGAAAAAU